AUGGAAGAAGAACAGGAUCGAAUUCUGCUUACUACUUUGGGCGUUAAAUCCGCCAAUCCUGAAGACAUCGAACGCCGCGUUUUGGAAAAGGCUAGGAAUGGUUCAGUUACUGUUACUGAAGCUGAAGGGAACACUGAGGAAAAUCAAUGCUCUACUACUUUACCUGAAACCCUUGAUCCGUUAUCUGAACUUCAUCAGAAGUUGAGGGCAAUAGAAUUUGAAAUUGGCGCGGUUUCUUCGACUAUUCAACGGCCGAGAGAUGUUGAUAAGGACGGAGAAGGCGGUGAUGUUGAAGAGGAGGAUUUGGAGGAAGGGGUUGAUGAGGGAAAUGGCUCUGAACUUCAGCGUGUUCUUGCGGCUGAUAGAUUGAGAAGUCUUGAGAAAACGAAGGCGCAACUUGAGAAAGAGCUUUCUAGAUUUUCUAAGGAUAGUGAUCCGAAAAGCAUUGAGCGGAAAAAAGUUAUAUUUAGUUUAGUUAAGGAAGACCGAAGACCCAAGAAGAUUAAAGAUGAUAGGAAAGUAAGCAAGAGACCUGCAAAGCGGUUUAAGACGGUCUCGUUUGAUGAUGAUGCUGAUUUCGAUGCUGUGCUGGAUGCAGCCUCUACGGGCUUUGUAGAAACUGAAAGGGAUGAAUUGGUUAGAAAAGGAAUUUUCACCCCUUUUCAUAAGUUGAAGGGCUUUGAGCGCCGCAUUCAACAACCUGAAGCAUCAACUAGUCAUAAUGCUGCUGAGCUGGAAAAUACCAACAAUCUUGCUUUGUCCAGUGUUGAAAGAGCUGCCAGAUCAUUUUCUCAGGCAGCAAGAGCUCGUCCAACAUCCAAGCUGCUUGAGCCUGGAGAGUUACCGAAGCUUGAUGCACCCACUAUUCCUUUUCGCAGGCUCAAGAAACCACUACAAUUACCCAAACCUCUAGACAGUGAGGGGGAUCUGAAUACAGAUUCAAAAAAGAAAAAGAAACGACCUUUGCCUGGCAGGAAAUGGACCAAACGUGUUUCUUCUGAGGAUAGACAACUGGAAGGAAGUGAAAAUGCAAAUGGUUGCUUGGACACUUCCAGUUGUGAAAGUUUAGAAGGCCAUGAUGUUGAACUUUCUGAACACGAAUCUUCUUAUGUAACAUUAGAAGGUGGGCUGAAAAUCCCUGAGAACAUAUUUGAAGCUCUGUUUGACUAUCAAAAGGUUGGUGUUCAAUGGCUGUGGGAGUUGCACUGCCAAAGAGCUGGUGGAAUUAUUGGUGAUGAGAUGGGUCUUGGGAAAACUAUACAAGUAUUAUCAUUUCUGGGUGCAUUGCAUUUUAGUGGCAUGUAUAAACCCAGCAUUAUUGUCUGUCCUGUCACACUCUUGCGACAGUGGAAAAGGGAAGCAAAAAAGUGGUAUCCUAAAUUCCAUGUAGAACUUGUACAUGAUUCUGCUCAUGAUCUGGCUUCUGAAAAGAAGCGAGCUGAAUCUGAUGGAACAGACUCUGAAAGCAAUAAUUCAAGCGACAAUGAUUAUGAGAGAAGUGUACCAUCUAGAAACCCAAGAAAGUGGAAAACCCUGAUAAAUCGUGUCAUGAGAUCAGAAUCUGGAUUACUCAUCACCACUUAUGAGCAGCUAAGGAUAUUGGGGGACCAGUUGCUUGACUUUGAAUGGGGUUAUGCAGUUCUUGACGAAGGGCAUAAAAUAAAGAAUCCAAAUGCAGAAGUUACCCUAGCUUGCAAACAGUUACAAACUGUACACCGCAUCAUUAUGACUGGUGCACCUAUUCAGAACAAACUGAGCGAGUUAUGGUCGUUGUUUGAUUUUGUUUUCCCUGGAAAAUUGGGUGUUUUGCCUGUAUUUGAAGCUGAGUUUGCAGUUCCUAUAGCUGUUGGCGGAUAUUCAAAUGCUUCUCCAUUACAAGUAUCCACAGCAUACAGGUGUGCUGUUGUGCUGCGUGAUUUAAUUAUGCCUUAUCUUCUCCGACGAAUGAAGGCUGAUGUAAAUGCCCAACUUCCUAAGAAAACUGAGCAUGUUCUGUUUUGCAGCCUUACAUCAGAGCAAGUAUCUGCUUAUAGAGCAUUUUUAGCCAGUAGUGAAGUGGAAGAAAUAUUGGAUGGAGGCAGGAAUUCACUUUAUGGAAUUGAUGUGAUGCGCAAGAUCUGCAACCACCCAGACCUACUUGAAAGGGAACAUGCCUUCAGCGAUCCAGAUUAUGGAAAUCCAGAUCGUAGUGGGAAAAUGAAAGUUGUAGCUCAAGUGCUCAAUGUUUGGAAGGAGCAGGGUCACCGUGUUCUUCUUUUUACUCAAACCCAACAAAUGCUUGACAUUUUUGAGAAAUAUUUGACUACUUCUGGUCAUAUUUACCGGAGAAUGGAUGGUCUCACUCCAGUAAAACAUAGAAUGGCUUUAAUGGAUGAAUUUAAUGCCUCAAGUGAUAUUUUUGUUUUCAUUUUAACAACCAAAGUUGGGGGGUUGGGGACAAAUCUUACUGGUGCAGAUAGGGUGAUCAUCUUUGACCCUGAUUGGAAUCCUUCAACUGAUAUGCAGGCUAGAGAGCGUGCGUGGCGAAUUGGUCAGAAACGGGAUGUGACAAUAUAUAGAUUAAUCACUCGGGGAACUAUUGAGGAGAAAGUAUAUCAUCGUCAGAUUUACAAACACUUUCUUACCAAUAAGAUCUUGAAGAACCCACAGCAGAAAAGGUUCUUUAAAGCCCGAGAUAUGAAAGAUCUUUUUGUAUUGAAUGUGGACGGAGAAGCUGGUUCAACAGAAACGUCAAAUAUUUUCAGUCAAAUAGCUGAAGAUGUAAAUAUUAUUGGGACACAUCAAGAUACUCAGGAUAAUGAAUCUAGUCAUACUGCUGAAUUGGGUUCUGAAGAUGCUGGAGUUGAUAAUGAUGGUAACUCACACGGAGGAUCUUCAAGAGGAAAAGGUAAAGAGAAGAUCGACAAAAGUAACAGAGCUGGUGAAGAAGCGAAUAUAUUGAAAAGUCUUUUUGAUGCUAAUGGGAUACAUAGUGCCAUGAACCACGAUUUGAUCAUGGAUGCCCAUGACGAGGAAAAGAUGAGACUUGACCAGCAAGCUUCCCAGGUUGCACAAAGAGCUGCAGAAGCUUUACGUAAGUCACGAAUGAUUCGAACCAACGAAAGCGUCUCUGUUCCUACAUGGACCGGAAGGUCAGGAGCUGCUGGUGCACCAUCAUAUGUUCGGCGGAAGUUUGGCUCAACUGUGAAUCCCCAGUUGCUAAAUAAUAGCAAAGCAUCCAAUGAAUUACCUAGCAGCGGAUCUAACAAAUUCAAUGGAUAUGCUGCUGGGGCGUCUUCUGGUAAGGCAUUAUCGUCUGCUGAAAUAUUAUCUAAAAUUCGAGGUAAUCAAGAAAAAGCCGUCAGUGUUGGGCUUGAGCAUCAGUUAGGAAUGUCAUCAACUUCCACAAAUCAUUCAAGAGAUGUUAGAACAUCCAGGGCACCUGAAAAUUCAUCUGGAUUCCAGCCUGAAGUAAUGAUUAGAAAAAUCUGCACCUUUUUCCAACAGAAAGGUGGCAGUUGUAGUUCAUCCAGCAUAGUUCAGUAUUUCAAGGACAGGAUCCCGCCAAAAGAUCUUGCCCUGUUCAAGAAUUUGUUAAAGGAAAUAGCCACUCUGCAGAAAGGAUCAAAUGGUUCCUAUUGGGUUCUGAGGCCAGACUAUCAAGAAUAG